GGAGGUAGCAAUACAAAUACAACCAAAACUGGCGUUCUCUCUUACAUCACACCAACCCUAAUUUCAUACAACUAUCUUCCCCCCUUUUCCUCCUCUCUCUCUCUCUCUCUAAAAAAACCCACCAUUUUCACUACCCCUUUCUCUCUCUCUCUACAAUCACCCUUACAUGAACCCUAACCCCACAAUCCAAUCAACCUCAUGGGAAAAUACACAAGAAAGUCAAAAUUAACCGGCGACGUUGUCGCCGUUAUGGACAUCUCACACUCCACUCUCGGCGUCCGUACACGCGCCACAACCCUAGCGUUACAGAAGCUUCAAGCUCUUAAAACCCCCGCCGCCACACCGCCGCCCGAGCUCCGUUGUGAGCUGUCGUAUCUCCAGCUUCGUAGCCGCAAGCUGGAAAAGCCGCCGUUGCCGCAAUCGACUUGCUGCUCGCAACGAAACCCUAACCCUAGCUCCGGUUGUUUGAAACUGGAAAAGUUGGAAUUUCGGGCUUGUGGUUCGGGUUCUCAUGAAUUCGGGUCGGGUCAUGGAGAUGUUAGUGUUCAGGAUUGUGAUUUGGGUGCUGAAGAAGCUUCGUUUGGAGAAAAUAAUCUUGAUUCUGAAGCAAAAGAGAGGAGCACCAGGGAAAGCACACCUUGUAGCUUUAUAAGGGACUCAAAUGACAGUAUUACCCCUGGUUCUAGUACAAGGCAUGCGAUUGUACCGAAUUCAAUUCAGAUGAUUAUGCCUUCUGCACAAGAGAUCGAGGAGUUCUUUGCCCGUCAUGCACUGGAGCAACAACGACUCUUUUCCGAGAAGUACAACUUUGAUAUUGUGAAUGAAAAGCCGCUUCAAGGGCGUUAUGAAUGGGUGAAAGUGGAUAUAUAACAUUGCAGGAUAGCAUCGACAUCAUAAUUUGAAGAUAAGAAAUUAGGAGUAGGUAAUGAAUGAUCUCUAGUAGCAAACAAAAAAGUUGUGUAAUCUAAUGAUCUUUAAAAGAUAACAGAGCACACAAACAUAUUUAGGGUAGAAUGGGAAGGAAAAAAAUGUUGUUUUUUUUACCUUUCUUCAGGUUUGCAAGUCAUAAAUAAUUGCUAGGGUUCAUGUUCAGUUAGGUUUAGUUGGUGAAAAGUAUGCUUGUUUUGGUACUUUUUGUUCCAAUCUGAUUGUUGUGUUUUAGUUAGCUUCUUCUAAUGUUAUAUUUGAUUGUUUUAAGAGUAAAAGUUUGUACCUUUUGAAUAA